CCUAAAGUCCCCUACCUCAACACCCCUCGCUUCCCUUCCCCGUCGUUGCCUCUAUCCAUGUCUUGCCUUUGUUCUUCACCCUCAACCGGACAAGAUCGACCUCAUACCAUCGACAAUGGCACCCAAGACCUCAACCAACGCCGCUAGAUUACGACAGCUCCUUGCCCGACCGGGCCCAGUACUCCUGGUUGGCGCGCACGAUGCGCUCUCCGCACGUAUUGCCGAGCGUGCAGGCUUCGAUGCCAUCUGGGCCAGCGGCUUCGGCAUCUCCGCGACCCACGCCCUGCCGGACGCGAACAUCCUGACCAUGAGCGAGACGCUGGAGGCGGCGCAACGCAUGGCCGAGGCCGUCACCUGCCCUGUCGUCGCGGACUGCGACAACGGGUUCGGCAACGCAAUCAACGUGAUGCGCACCGUCACCCAGUGCGAGCGCGCGGGCUUAGCGGGGGUAUGCAUCGAGGACAACAUCUUCCCGAAACGCUGCAGCUUCUACGAGGGGGUGCAGCGGGAGCUGACAGCGCCGCACGAGCAUGCGCUCAAGAUACAGGCCGCCGUGGACGCGCGAACGGAUCCCGACUUCGUGGUCAUCGCCCGCACGGAGGCGUUCAUUGCGGGGCGGACGAAGGAUGAGGCCCUGGAGCGUGCGCGGGCGUACGCCGACGCGGGCGCCGACGCUGUACUCGUACAUUCCAAGUCGGAUUCGUUCGAGGAGUUGAGGGAGUUCGCGGCUGCGUGGGACCGCUCGUCGUCUUGCGUGCUCGUUGCGGUUCCGACGACUUAUGAGGGUACCUCGGCGGAUGAGUUGUUUGCGGCCGGGUUCAAAGUGGUUAUCUUCGCGAAUCAGGCGCUUCGAGCUGCUGUGAGGGCUAUGCAGGACGCGAUGGUGGUGCUUCAGAGAGAGGCGCGUCCGGCUGCUGUGCGGGACUCGAUCGCGUCUUUGUCGGAGAUCUAUGGGCUCGUUGGGGUUAAAGAGCUGAAGGAAAGCGAGGAGCGAUUUCUACCGCGGCCUGAUCCUUCCCCAGUAGCGAAUCGCGACGAGAACAAUCAUCAUGGGGAGCCGGUAGGCGAUGGAAUUCAGGUGACUUCAAAGCUUUGAGUCUCUAUUUUGCACAUUAUCGAACUUGAGCGAGGUCCCUCCUUCGAUGUCUUUGGUACCUACCUUACUAGAUCAAUUGGCCCCUUAGGUCCAGCUAGAUUCAGA